AUGGGCCGGCCGGUCACUUCUAGCGGGCAGUGUUCAUCGUCCUUCCUCGUUCCUGGGGCCCCACGUUUGGGCGCCAAUUAUGCCCCGGCCAGCGGGGACAUUCAACGUGAAGCUGUACUGGAUGCUUUUCUGGAUGAUGGCUUCCUCAUCCCCACAUUUGAGCAGUUGGCUGCCUUGCAGAUAAACUAUGAAGAAAAUGUGGACUUGAAUGACAUCCUGGUGCCAAAGCCGUUCUCUCAGUUCUGGCAGCCCCUGCUUAGGGGCUUGCACUCUCAGACCUUCACACAGGCCUUGCUGGAGAGGAUGCUCUCUGAGCUGCCAUCCUUGGGGGACAGCGGGAUCCGGCCUACCUACAUCCUCAACUGGAUCAUUGAACUGAUCGUGGCCAACACCAAGACUGGACGAAAUGCCCGCCGGUUUUCUGCAAGCCAUUGGGAAGUAAGAAAGAGCUGGAGACUGUUCAGCUGCCCUACCUCACUUGAUUGGCCUCGAGUAGUUGAGUCCUGUUUAGGCUCACCUUGCUGGGCCAGCCCCCAACUCCUUCAGCUUAUCUUCAAAGCUAUGGGGUCAGUCCUACCAGACGAAGACCAGGAGAAACUGCUGCACAUCUGCUCCAUUUACACUCAGAGUGGAGAAAACAGCCUGGUGCAGGAGGAGUCAGAGGCCUUCACAAUCAGGAAGACCCCAUAUACACUAGAUAGUCUGUACUGGAGACUUGAACCUCCUGGCUCCAGCUUUGGAUCUGAAGGAAAAGACAAGGCCCAGGACCUGGGUAGCUUUAAUGAUGAUAAAGAAAAGAAGGAUGAGAACUUGGGAGAUCACACAGAGGAAGCAGAAGAUGAUGACCAUGAGAAAGAGGAACAUGAUGAUGAAGAAGAUAGAAUGGAAGUGGGGCCUUCCUCUACAAGGGAGGAUUCCCUCACUGCUGAAAUUUCCAGUCUCCUGGCCCAAAAAAGAGGAGCUUUGCAGGGCUCUGUGUGGCAAGUUAGCACAGAAGAUGUACAGUGGGUCACAUUCCCAUUUGGCCAAAUGCCAGGUCAGACUGAAGACCCAGCGGAGCUUAUGCUAGAAGAUUAUGACACCAUGUAUCUUUUGGAUCAGCCUGUGCUAGAACAACGGCUGGAACCUCCAAUAUGCAAGACUAGCACCGUGGGCUCAAGCUGUGGCAUCGGCAAUGCCAACUGCAGCAAUAGCAGGAACAACUUCGAGGGCCUUCUGUGGAACCAAGGGCAGCUACAUGGACUCAAAACUGGCCUGCAGCUCUUCUGA